AUGGCAAAAGUCAUUUUAUUAAUCGGGCUAGGUUUGGCCAUAUGGAGUGCGUGGGAUAUAUACAAUACGGUGCGCAAAUCUCAAAAGAGAGGAAAUACACCUAUCAAAAUAAAAUCAAAUAAGAAAACAACUGAAAACAUAGAUAAGACGAUUAGUAUUUCAAGAAGAAAUUCCAUCAAUCGUCAAACAGUGUCAAGGGACAUAUCGUCGUAUGAACUUAUAAAAGAAAUAGGCAGUGGACAUUAUGGAAAAGCUCUUUUAGUUAGAGAUAAAAAUUCUCAUAGAGAAUUCGUAUUAAAAGAGAUUCCAUUAGAAAUCUAUGAGAAUCAUGAUAUAUUGAAAAAUGAACAUUUAAUACACAGUAGUUUAAAUAACAAGUUUAUUGUUAAAUAUUAUGGAUUCAUGGUGACUGAAGAUUUUGUUUAUAUUAUACUUGAAUAUGCCCAAAGAGGUGAUCUUUUGGAUCAUGUCUUGAAUCAUGGAGCAUUUGAUGAAGUUACUACCGCAAAGAUCAUUUCACAAUUAGUGUGUGGGAUCAAUUAUAUGCAUCAACUAAAUAUUGUUCAUAGAGAUAUAAAACCAGAGAAUAUCUUACUUUUUGAUGAUGGCCUUGUUAAAAUUUGUGAUUUCGGCCUUUGUGGAAUAUUACCGAAGGAUAACAAAAAAUUAAAAGGGGCAGGAAUCGGUACGCUUGUCUAUAGAUCUCCGGAACUUGUAUUAAGUUUACCUCAUAAUGAAAAGACCGAUAUAUGGAGCAUAGGAGUAUUGGCAUAUAUACUACUUACAAACGAAUCACCUUUUGAGGAUAAUGAAGAAUUUGAAAUUACUAACAGAAUCCUCAAGGCCGAUUACACUUUACUCGAUGAUAAUUUUUCCCCUGAAGCUCAAGAUUUUAUUUAUUCGGUAUCGUCAGCACAAUCAGUUCAAUCGUAUAGAAAUGACUCCACUUCAGAAGUCAUUGACACCAUCCUAUCCGGACUAAUCCCAACCCUGAUAUUCAUCUUUUUCGAGGAUAACAUAAACAGGGAUUUUAGUCUUAUACUAGGGUUGAUCGAUGACUUCUUAAUCAUCUUGAUCCCACCAAUUCUAUCAUUUUUCAUACACAAAAAGCAUCAAAUAAUGAUUUUCGUUAUUUAUAUGACUUUUGUCUUUAUCAUAUUGGCGAUAGUGCAUUUUGACCUCCUCAACAACAGGUUCAAAGGGUAUAUAUUAAAAGCCCUACCGUGUCUUUACCUUCCAUUGAACCUGGGCAUAUUUGGAUUAAUGUUAUAUCGCUUAUUUACUGUUCCUGAAUCGGAUUUGGCAUUAUCUAUUAUCACCGCCUCGGGUUCAUUCAUCUUUAUUCUCGUCACCUUCUUCACUCAAAAGUACAGGAAGGCAGAUACUCGGCGAUUCCUUUUUACCUUUAUCAUGAUCAACGCCAUGAAUUUGGGUUGGGUUACAUUAUUGAUGAAUCAUGUCGUCAUCUUUCCCCUUAGCACACUGACGUCCAAGCUCAUUUACUCGUUGUGGGGAUUUAGUGUCACGAGGUUGGUGAAGAUCAACUCGACAGAUAUUAAUUAUGAAAGUAUAGUGUACCAUAUCACCCAUUGGCAAAAGGACACGUCAAAAAAAAAGGACACGUUAGAAGAAAGGAUUAACAAAGAGUUGAAUAACAACGGACCUCAGGUUGACGUUUCGUUACCGAUGGAAGAUACGGAAGGUUAUUUUUCCAAUUUGCACCGUGAGAUCACCAGAACCGAGUCUGAUUUUUCCAUUUUGUACCGUGAGAUCGCCAGAACCGAGUCUGUCACAAACCAAGAGGUCAUCAGGUGCUAUUACAGGCUCGGGAAGGCUCUAUCGGAGCGACGUGUCCAUUAUGAAAGAACUUAUCAGCCACGUGCGAUGGCUCAAAUUUUAGUUAAUAUGGAGGCAAGAAAACAACUUCCGAACGUUACCGAAGCGGAGUUUAAAAAGAUAAGAACAUUGUCCCUAAAGGUCUACAAAUUAUUUAGCAUUGGCGAGGAAUUGAUAUCACGUGUAUCAUUUACCGCAUCGGACAUUUCGACUCUCAGUUGGAAACAAAUUGAGAGUAUAAUUAAGAAACAUCUGGAAAAUAGGAGUGGUAAUGAGAUUAACAUAGUCCCAUAG